AUGGAAUUCAACAUAUUCAGCCUUGUGUUCAACAUUUUCAUCCUCCACACUCUUCCAGUCCUGGCCCAAACUUACGUAUCUUCGACUGUAUGGGUUGUACCAGAUGGCAAUACAGCGGAUCUUUCCAAAACAUAUACAGAGGGUCUCACUCUUCAGGUUACUUGGAACGCGGUUCCAGAGGGAUAUCAGUUCCAGGGUCUAUCCAAUCUCUGGAUUACGACUUGGGACUACUCUAACACGGUAUACAGCCAGCUGCUCACAGGAAAUGUGAAUACAAAUGAGAGUGGUACCUACGACUGGACCAUCACAAUUCCAACAAGUGUUUCGAGCAAGGACGCGAAAUAUGUCCUUCGGUUCAAGAAUCUUAGCCCUGAAUAUAGCAGCAGCUCUCCAGAGGUCUCGAGUACCGGGUUCUUGAUUAUCAAUGGAGUUUCUUCUUCGUCCUCAACAACAUCUUCUGCCCAAACAAUUACGUCCGCUACGAGUACGAGUCUCAGUAGCUCUGUGACUACAACACCAGUAACAUCGACUGCGGGUAUAGUCACCACACCAACAGCAUCCUCAACCUUCGCCGAAAGCAGUGGCUUGAGUGGAGGUGCAAAAGCCGGCAUUGCUGUUGGUGUUGUGGGCGCUGCGCUGUUGAUUGCUGGGUUGGCAUUCUUAACCUUCCGACGGAGGCAUCAGAAGAAGAGCUCACAUGAGGAGCUUCCGACAGACCCUCCGACAUACUAUGAGCCUCCCACGGAAUACGCCACUAGAUAUCCGGGUGACGUACCGAUAGCUGAGACAGGCGGCCAUGAGAGAGCAGAAUUGCAAGGCAGCUAG